AUGCAUUCUCCGUCCCACAAAACCCUCGACGUCCACCUGGUCGUGGCCUCGACGACGAUCGUCACCUCUGCGGACGCUAUGCAUCCGACACCACCACCGCCCCGCCGCGCAUCAUCGUCAAACUUUCCCUCUGUGCUGGUCCGCGAAAUCACUCCCGCUCGGGCACCGCGUCGGGUCCCCUCUGCUCUUACGCUCGCCAAAUCCCCCGUGUCGAAUCAAUACGCUCUCCGUUCCCCUAUCCAUCGUCAACUAAUCACCUACCGUACGCUCCCCACACCUACGCCUGCCACCCGCUACUCGGAUCUUGUGCCCAUCUCGGAGGUAACAGUGGAAGAAGAGUAUGAUUGUGGAUAUCUCAAUUUAGGCGCCGAGUCGCCGCACUCGACGGGGUCGAUAUCGCCUUUCUCGUUUAAUGAGGAUCGACCCCCUGCGAAUUGGAAGCCGGGCCCAUCGGCAUCUGCGAGACGAGGUUCGGUGAAUGCAGGCAGUGGCGGCAAUAACAACAGCAACAACGGUGGGAAUCAGAAGAAGAAGACGAGUGGACCUGAUAGGGAUUGUGGGAUCUGCUUCGAGUAUGCGGUGAAACCGCUGAGGACGUUAUGUUGCGGUAAGAUCUUUUGUGAGCAGGAUUUGCGCGAUUGGCUGCAUGGACCCAACGCAUCUGGUUUAUGCCCCAACUGUGAUGUACCGUGUACGCUUGAGGACAACACGCUUUCGCUUGUUUCACCGUCGCUUCGCUCGCCUCCGCCUCCUCCGCGGAAACGGUCCCAGCAGUUCGAUAGGACGAUGUCCGGUCAGCGACAUGUACCCUCGCCGCUGUCGACGUCUGAGCCUAUCACGCAUCACCGGAAGCGGUCGUCGUCGCCCAAGGGGCUGGGUAUAUCGACCGAGAAACCUGCACAGCAGACGAGCCCGUUAUCUGAGAAACAGACGCUCUCGUCGUCACCGCUCUCACCUCUCUCCGCGGCACACUGGUCUCUCCCAUCCGCUUCCACCACCACCACCACCACCACCUCCCACUCCCACUCCACCUCCAAAUCCACCAACCCCCUCACCAUCCUCACCUCCUCCCUCCCCUUGGGCCUCACACCCUCCAAAUCCACGCACGGCUCGACGACGCCCUCGAUGUGGAACAACGGCAAAGUCUUUAGUAAAGGUGGUAAAGUGCCCAAGGGGAGUGUGAUUGAUUCGUUUUUGACGGAGAGGAAGGAGGAUCGGUAUGGGAUGUUGGUUAGAUUGUUGACGUUGAUUGCGGUGCUGGGGGUGCUGUAUGUUAUUAUGGGCUAA